GGGUUAUGUAAUGAAUUUAAAAAACUAAUAAAUAUACCAAAUAAACAAACAAAAAAUGAAUACAAGCUGCUCUAGCUCAGUAAAAAUGUACUCUAGACCGACAGACCACCGAUCCAAAACCAAAAGACGCUCUAGCAUCGGUACAAGCGAAACCAAACCAAAAAAAAACAAUACCUUGGUAGCUCUCAUAGUGGACAGCGGAGCCUACAGCAUAAAAGCCGGACUGUCCACCGACGUUCUUCCAACGAUCAUCCCCAACUGCAUCAUGAAAGCCAAAUCAGAGCGGAAGAGACUGUUCAUAGGCAACCAAAUCGACGACUGUCGAGACUGCUCCGGAGUAUACUUCCUCUUGCCCUGUGAAAGGGGAUACAUCACAAAAUGGGACGUGCAGAAGCCCGUCUGGGACUUCUUAUUCAGCAGAAACGUCUACUCAGUGAACGAGAGGCCGGUCAUCAUGACGCAACCGCUGUUCAACUUCAAGUCAAUCCAAGAUUGCAUGGAUGAGAUAUUUUUUGAGGAGUACGAAGUGAAAUCGAUGUUCCGCGUGAACCCAACUGACUUGGCGAGGCUGAAGUAUGCAAAGGAGCGCCAACUAACGGAGGAUACGCCCUGCGUGAUAGUCGAUACGGGCUUCAGCUUCACCCAUGUCAUACCUUACAUUGGAGGUAACAAGUAUCUCAGAGGAAUCAGGAGGAUGAACGUAGGUGGGAAACUUUUGACGAACCACCUGAAGGACAUCAUAUCCUACAGGCAGUACAAUGUCAUGGAGGAAACAUUUGUGAUAAACCAGGUGAAAGAGGACACCUGUUACGUGGCGAAGGACGUCAAAGAAGAGCUCAGGCUGGCUGCCAAACCCGAACCAGAGAACAGCAUAGUGAAGAACUACGUCCUCCCGGAUUUCAACAACAUCCGUAGAGGAUACGUCCAAGAUCCAAACGACCUCCUUCAAAAAGAGAAAGAGGAAAGCUGCCAGAUACUGAAGCUCAAUAACGAAAGAUUCAUCGUGCCCGAAAUACUUUUCCACCCAUCGGACAUUGGCAUGAAAAGCAUGGGCAUAGCCGAGGCUGUCGUCAAGUCAAUAUCUCUCUGCCCAAAGGAGCAUCAGGAGAACCUAGCAAGGAACAUAGUUCUUGUAGGGGGCAACUGCAAGUUCCCAGGGUUCAGGGAAAGAAUGUACCAAGAGCUGCGGUCGCAGCUACCCCACCUUUGGGAGGUUGUUGUGUACCAACCGGAUGAUCCAAUCACGUACAGCUGGAAGGGUGGGGAGGCCUUGCUGAAAAUUCCCGACUUUGAUUCAUACCUGGUGACAAAAGAGGAAUAUGAAGAGCUUGGGUCCUCAAUAAUCCAGCAGAGGUUCAGUACGUGGAUGACAGACAAUGCGGAUCCUAAGGAAGAACCUAGGAAAGCUGAGCAGGUCUACUGCUACCUUGACAAACUCAGGGGAAAGUCAAUUUUUGGGAAGCAGGAACAAGGAGCAGAAGAUUCACAGGUGGCUGAUGACAAUAGGAACUCCAAUGCGGAGGGGGAGAGUGUAGACAGUGGUAUCAUUGACGAAGUUAGUGGUUUCGACCAAACGAUGCUAGACAAUUCGGAGCACUUGUCUGAGCGAGACAGUAGACUGAAAAAACCGGCUCUAAGGGAUGACAAGAGUCGGAGCGAAUACAUGAGCUUGGACUCAUCUGAGAGUGAUGAUUUAAUGAACUCGGUUGAUAUAUUUCCUUUCGGUACUCGAUCCUAUUUAUAGUCUUCAAGAGGCUUUGUUGUUUUGUAUGUGUAGUGAAUGAAAUUAUAAUUUUCAUGAAGUUUGUUAGGGAAAAAACCUUUUUUUCUGGCUUUGCACUAAAACUGAAG